AUGAGGAAGAACGUAUUAAAUACGCUUCUCGCGCAAGAGACCGUGUUCGGUUGGAUACUGACUGGUCGCGCGGACUCAGUCAGUCCAACUAACAAUAUCGUAUCGUAUUUUAACGAAGUCACGUUGGACAAGCAGCUAGCUGCAUUUUGGGAGCUGGAGGAUGUCCCAAAGAAAAAAGGCAUCAACGAAGAUGAUAAAUACUGCGAAGAGCUCUUCAAAGCAACUACAACACGAAAUACCGAUGGAAAAUACAUUGUGUCUCUACCUUUUAAACGGGAUUUUCCGAAAAAUGUGUGCUUAGGUCCUUCGCUGAAAAGUGCAUGCUCAGAGUUUUACCGGAACGAGACGCGACUAGCGAAAAAGCCUGUCCUUCAAACAGAGUACAACCGGGUUGUAUCUGAAUACGAGACACUAGCACAUAUGUCAAAAAUUAACAAAAACAUUUCACCAGAUUCAACGGACUGCUAUUUUUUACCGCACCACGCCGUUUUAAAGGAAGAAAGUACCACUACAAAGGUCAGGGUUGUAUUCAACGCAUCAUGCCCAACCGCUAAUGGCAUGAGUUUGAAUGAUGUCCUCCUUCCAGGUCCUGUACUUCAGGCCGAUUUAACGAUCCUCAUACUCCGUUGGAGACUGUUCCAAUACGUCUUCAACAGCGAUAUAGAGAAAAUGUAUCGGCAAAUAUUUGUAAAUGAGAAUCAAACGAAAUAUCAGCGCAUAGUUUUUCGCACCUGCCCAAGAGAACCAAUUAGCUUAUACGAAUUAAAAACGGUGACUUUUGGCANCGUUUGA